AUGAAUUCAACCAUUCAUGGUGAUGUCGCUGAAACAGCCAGUCUUGAACAGGAACCUUCUUCAAGUACUGUGGUCCAGCAAGCUGAGAGUAUUCAAGAGCAUGAGGCUGCUUCCGUGGUGUCAGACCCCCAAUGCCCAGGAGAGGAAGCAGGUACAGCGACUUUGGCAACAGAUAUGAAAAGCCUGUUCGAGGAAGCCUGUGUUUUGCAUUCAGACGUCACUUUACGGGUCGGUACAGAGCAGUUUUCCGCCCACAAGGCGAUUUUGGCGAGUCGAUCCAAAGUAUUCCGAGCCAUGUUCGAAAGUGGCAUGAAAGAAUGUCAGGAGAAUACCUUGGAUUUGGUAGAAAUGAAACCAUCUACAGCCCGAAACAUGUUGCAGUUCAUCUACUCGGGCUCUCUGGGAGAAAUAUCCGUGGAAGAGGCGUUGGAUGUCUAUGCCGCCUCCGACAAGUACAACUUACAAGAGUUGAAAAGUUGGGGCAAAGAGCUCAUCUUGAGAAAUAUGUCAUCGGAUCACGUUUGUGAUGUGACUGUCUUAGCCGACCUGCAUUCUGACGAAGAUCUUGCUAUGGCUUCCUGUCGAGCAUUGAAGAACAAUUUGCAGGUGGUAUUGAACACUGAAAAGUGGAGAGACUUUGCAAAGCAAAACGCAACUUUGUACUCAGAAUUGCUAGAAAAGGUGUUACUGAUGUAA